ACGUGGCCUUUAGAAAGUGGCUUUUGUGUGCCGCGGAGAAACCUGGUCUCAGAUGCCAGCCCAGCCGGAACAUCUUCAGGCUCAUUAAUUAUGGAGGCGUCUGACAGGGGCAGCUUCCCUUGCUUUGUUUCCACGGUAGAUGAAAGGGGACAUGGAUCUUUCUGUUUUGCCCAAUAACAACCACCCUGACAAAUUCCUGCAGCUUGACGUGAAGUCUUUAAUGAGGAGCUCAACCCUUCUGCAGGCUAGCCUCGCGAGAUUUCCGGGUGGAAAUUAUCCCGCUACACAGCACUGGCAAAACCUUGUCUACUCACAGGCUCCUUGGGACCUAUGUCAUGAGAUCAUUCAGAGUCAGAGACACUCAGAUGAUUAUAGCCCUGGGGCUUCUCAGAGGAAAUCUGUGAGGUGGAGUGAAAAGCCAGCGGGAGAAAAGAACAUUGCUACUCAACGAAUCAAGGGAUUUGGUGGGGAGAACCCAGUCCUUCCUGAAAGCCCUCCCGCAUCCAUGUCUUCAGUGAUGAAGAACAACCCGUUGUAUGGUGACGUGAGUUUGGAAGAAGCCAUGGAAGAACGGAAAAAGAAUCCUUCAUGGACCAUUGAGGAAUACAACAAGCACUCUGUGCAUUCCAAUCUCUCUGGACAUCUGAAGGAAAACCCCAAUGACCUGCGCUUUUGGUUGGGGGACAUGUAUACUCCAGGCUUUGACACUUUGCUGAAGAAGAAAAAGAAACGCAACAAGCGAUCAAAAUUAUGUCACAUGGGUCUGAUUUUACUCGUCGUGUCCUCCAUCCUGGUUACCGUAGUGACUCUCAGCGCUUUAUUCGCUUAAGGAAAUUGCAAGCCCACCUUUGAAGCUCUAAAACGCCUUCUAAAUAUUUGCAGGAAAAUCUGUGCGUCGUGAACAUCUGCCUUGUUAACUAUGUGACUAAAUGCCACUGCCCUUUAGACGUGAGCGUUGCCUGUAUUAUGUUGGCCUCUCUGCUUUGUUCUGUGAAACCUGUGUGUUAUUCCAGUCUGGGUCUGUCCUUUGUGAAGCAGGUAUUUCAGAGGCUCACAGUAGAAAAAGUUACUCCACACAGUCACAACCAAGCUUAGAUAACAGACUGCAUCAAGUGCUGGCAGCUGCUUGUCUUGUGCUUACCUGGUUUUCACAUCAGUCCUCCUUCUCCUCCUCUUUCUCCUCCUCCUCCUCUUCUUCCUCCUCCUCCUCCUCCUCCACCUCCUCCACCUUUUCCUCCUCCUCCUCCUGAUCCUCCUCCUUCUCCUUCUCUUCCUCCUCCGGGCACUGUGGAAGCUGCAGCCUGUCUACUCGUGACAGGAAGAAGGGUGACAGGAAGCCUUCUGGUGAGCUAUCCACAGUUUAGAUCUGUUUUACCUUCUUUUAUCUCUGCUAAAGUUAAAGGGGGAUAAAGUGGGAGGGAGGCAUUGUUCAAACCUAUUGUAAUUUCCCCGGGGAAUCCUUUAUGGUGACCCAAAUUGAUGUUGGUGUUUUAGCUGAAACAAACUUGGUCAGCCAGGGCAGCGGUGGCAUAAUCAAUUACAUACAUUAUAUCCAGUCAUGCUGGUGGAUUGAUAGAAACUGGCAAGUGUGACCUCUAGUGGCAGUGGGUACAUGUUUACCAGAAAUAGGGGAUGGGGCCCUGGCAAGACUCCAGGAAUGUUGCCAUCUCUGAACAUCCAACGGAAUGACAGUUAGGCCUGAACAAAAGGUUGUCAGAGAAGGGAGCUAGCUGGCUUAAGGGUUCCAUAAGAAAUGGAAGGGAAGAGCAGUUGGCUCCUAACUGUAGCUUUUCCCUCAGUGGGGAGGUCAUUUUCUUUGUGUAUUGAUGGCCUUCUGGGUGCAGGUACCUGGGAACAAGCCCCAGGAUACGAAGAACCAAAGUGUAUGUCUUCUCCCCCUCCCCCCGGGACAUUCUAGCCCAGGGCUGGCUCUCAGUGCCACUCCUAAUGUUAUUUAGUGUGAAAUAAGGCUUUUCUUCUUCCCAAAGAGUGCUGUCCUCUCGUGCCCUGUGAUAACGCCUUACUAUCUCGCUCUACUGCUCAUAAAAAUACUUGAAGUAAAGUACAUGAAAAUGGGGGUUUGCUGGACAAUAAAUUGUUGUGUACAAAGCAAAA